UGUGAUAGAUUUACAUAAUAAAAAUGCUGCUAUUACUGGUGCUAGUAGUGGUAUUGGCAAAGAAAUUGCCUUGACAUUAGCAAAAGAAGGUUGUAAUGUUGCUUUAUUAGCUCGUUCUCGUGAUGCUCUAGAAAAUCUCGCAUCAGAAUGUACAAAACUUGGUGUUAAAGCUCAUGUUAUUAUCUGUGAUAUGUCAUCAAAACAAUCAGUUGAUGAUGCAUGUAAACAAAUUGGUCAAUUAUUUCAAAAUAAAUUACAUAUUUUGAUUAACAAUGCUGGUAUUUUGGGUGAACAUAUUUCUUCAAUUGAAGAAAAGACAUCAUCUGGAAAAGAUGUAGUAGAUAUGUGGGAAGAAGUCAUGAAUGUAAAUUUAGUCAAUCUAAUGCGUAUAACAGGACGAUGUUUACCAAUGAUGAAAGAAUGUAAACAUGGUGCAAUUAUUACAAUAUCAUCAUUAGCAGCAGUUAUGACUAGUGCUAAAACAGCUCAAUAUAAUGCUAGUAAAUGGGGAGUUAAUGGAUUUCUUGGAGCAAUUUAUGAAGAUGUUCGCGAAUAUGGUAUCAAAGUCUGUUCUAUUAUGCCAGGUUUUGUCAAUACUCCAAUGCUUGAUACAGAUGCAAUGAAAUUAAAUGCUGACAAAUGCAUUCAAUCUGAAGAUAUUGCCGAAGGUGUUCUAUAUAUCAUAAGAACACCAUAUAGUGUUUGUCCAACUGAAAUUAAAUAUCGACCACAAUAUUCACCAUAUACAAAAUAA